AUGACGCUCCGCCGGCAGUCACCGCCACCGCAGCAAGACGCUCCACUUCCACCGCCGCCUCCUCCUCCACCACAACAACAGCAACAAAAACGGAGACCGCAAAACCCGCUCAAUAGAUCAACGUCGAUUCCGGAGACUCUCCUAAACAAGUACAGAAUGGGCCGCCUCCUCGGCCGCGGCAGCUUCGCCAAGGUCUUCGCCGCCUACACAAUCGCCGAUGGCGACAAGCCCGUCGCGAUCAAGAUCAUCGACAAGACCAAGACCGAUUCCGUCAUGGAGCCGAAAAUCAUCUGCGAGAUCAAGGCGAUGCGCCGCCUCCAGCACCACCCAAACGUCCUCCGAAUCCUCGAGGUCAUGGCCACGAAAACCAAGAUCUUCAUCGUCAUGGAGCUCGCCGUCGGCGGCGAUUUGUUCUCCAAAGUCGUCCAGCGCGGCCGGAUGAAGGAAUCAGGCGCCCGGCGCUACUUCCAGCAGCUCGUCUCCGCCCUCCGAUUCUGCCACGAGAACGGCGUCGCCCACCGCGACGUCAAGCCGCAGAACCUCCUCCUCGACGGGGACGGCAAUCUCAAGGUCUCCGACUUCGGCCUCUCCGCCUUGGCCGAGGCCGCCGAGGCCAAGAACGGGGGCGUUAACGGAAUCCUCCAUACCGCUUGCGGAACCCCUGCUUUCACCGCGCCUGAAGUCCUCUACCGGCGCGGCUACGACGGCGCCAAAGCCGACGCCUGGUCCUGCGGGGUGAUUCUCUUCUUCCUCCUCUCCGCUUCUCUUCCCUUCGACGACAGUAAUUUGGCUCUCAUGUACAAGAAGAUCCACCGGAAGCAGUAUCAAAUCCCGGCGUGGGUUUCCAAGCCGGCCAGAUUCAUUGUCCACCAACUGCUCGACCCAAAUCCCCAGACAAGAAUGAGCAUAGAAACGCUGAUGAACCACCCCUGGUUCCUCAACAAGUACCAAACGCCUUCACAACGAAGCCUGUUCGAGUCGGAGUACUCGAAAUCGUGCAAAUUCGAGACCCCGCUCUCGAGCUUCAACGCCUUUGAUAUCAUCUCCAUGUCCUCUGGUUUGGACCUGUCAGGAUUGUUCGAGGCCACCUGCAGGAAAGAGAAGCGGUUCACUUCGACGGAGAGGCUAGGCAGAGUGAUUGAAAGAGUUAAAGAGGUUGGGGAAAAGCUUGAUUACAGAGUGGAAGAAGGGAAAGGAGGAGCAAUUGGGCUGGCGAAAGGGAAGCUGGUGUUGCUCUUUGAAGCCAUGGAAAUUGCAGAGAAGAUGGUGGUGGCUGAGGUCAGAGUUGCUAAAGGAUGCGGGAUAGAGUUCGAGGAAGUUCAUUUGGUGGAGUUGAAGAAUGGACUUGGAGACAUCGUGCUCGACUGGCAUGGUGAUCUUACAGCCGCUGCUGUGUGA